AUGGUUCUCUUCCAAAUGGAGACAGAGGACGCAGAAAAAGCAGAUUUGCUCUGUACAAACGACCCAAACCUAACGGAGUCAAGCCCAGCACCGUGCAUGUUAUUUCCACUCCCCAAGCUUCCAAGGGUAUUUUUAAUGAGUCCUCUGUACUGACAGACACAGUGACAGAAACGACACUGAACUCUGAAUCUCAUGGGCCAACUAGAUUGAAAAUGACAGCUCUGGCGGUCAGCUGUAAGGGGCAACAUAGUAUCUCCUACACCUUGUCCAGGAACCAGACUGUGGUAGUGGAGUACACACAUGACAAGGACACAGACAUGUUUCAGAUCGGGAGGUCCACAGAAAGCCCCAUUGACUUUGUUGUGACCGACACUGUUUCUGGUAGUCAGAGUAAUGAUGAGACUCAAAUCACCCAAAGCACCAUCUCCAGAUUUGCAUGUAGGAUAGUUUGCGACAGAAGUCCUCCAUAUACUGCACGGAUUUAUGCAGCAGGAUUUGAUUCAUCUAAAAACAUAUUCCUUGGAGAGAAAGCUGCGAAGUGGAAAAAUCCUGAUGGUCACAUGGAUGGGCUGACAACUAAUGGAGUGUUAGUGAUGCAUCCACGAGGAGGAUUUACAGAGGAGUCUAAACCUGGAGUGUGGCGGGAAAUUUCUGUUUGCGGUGAUGUAUACACACUAAGGGAAACACGAUCAGCUCAGCAAAGAGGAAAACUGGUGGAGAAUGAAACUAAUGUUCUUCAAGAUGGUUCCCUCGUUGAUCUCUGCGGAGCAACGCUUCUGUGGAGAACGGCAGAUGGCCUGUUCCAUACGCCUACUCAAAAACACAUUGAGGCUCUUCGACAGGAGAUAAAUGCUGCUAGACCACAGUGCCCGGUUGGGCUUAAUACUUUAGCAUUUCCCAGCAUCAAUCGCAAGGAUGUCGUAGAAGAGAAACAGCCUUGGGCGUAUCUCAGCUGUGGCCAUGUUCACGGUUACCACAAUUGGGGACAUCGCAGUGACACAGAAGCCAAUGAGCGAGAGUGCCCCAUGUGCAGAACAGUUGGUCCAUAUGUGCCUCUUUGGCUAGGUUGCGAGGCUGGAUUUUACGUGGACGCAGGCCCUCCAACGCAUACAUUUAGCCCAUGUGGACACGUGUGUUCUGAGAAAACAGGAAAAUACUGGUCACAGAUUCCGUUACCACAUGGUACUCAUGCAUUCCAUGCAGCAUGCCCUUUCUGUGCUAUACAGCUCAAUGGAGAACAGGGCAUCAUUAAACUAAUUUUCCAGGGACCAAUUGACUGAUGUGGAAUUGGAGGAGAACACAAAGAAAAAGAAAAUCCUUUUUAGGGGGAAAUACUGUGAAAAUGAUCUGCCACUGUUGCUCGAUGAUUGGCAUCACCAUUUGUUUUGGAAGGGUAGGGACGCUAGAGAUUGCAGGAACACAAGGUACUUCUGAUGUACUUCUGAGAACAAUUCAGAAAUUUCAGUAGGUGCAGGAUUCGGAGGAGUCAUUUUUAAAAGCUACUACUUUAAAAUAGAAAAAAAAUCCCUUUAUUCUAACCUAUUUUGCUACACUGUGCCCUUUGUAUAGUUUUAUAAUUUAUAUGAUUUUAAUAUAUUAUGUAUAUACUGUACUUGAAUUGGCCUGUCCAAAUAUAGCUGUAAAUUAUUUUAUGGCUGUUACGUAAUCUAAGCAGGUGAAGUAUUUCCUUUCUUUAGACAUGUUCUUUUCUUCAGUAAAGGCAUUCGGCAAUGAUUCAACGUCAGUUGGCUUCAUUUCUCUGGUGUGCACACGUAAAUGUUGAGCAGUUAAGUUUCUACUCCAGAGAUCACUAAAUGCUGAGAUAUUCUUUUUCAAAACUUUGCAAAUCUUUUUUCAAAGAAAUGUUCCUGAAAUUCAAAGCAAUGUUGCAUUUUGCAUCGGAUUGUUGAAUGAUAUAAUUAGGAGCGGCCCCUAAUCCUUCCCCCCAUCUCUCUCACAGAACAGAAAAGAAAACUGUUACAAAUUAACCGAAAAUGAAAAUAAGACUAUCAAUUUCCAUUUUGUGCAACAAUUUUCUCUCAAGUUCCUGUGACAUCUUUUUGUGUGUGAUGUUACAUACUUUUUUAGAAUACCAAUAAUUGCUGCUGGAUUCCAGUCUAUUGGCUCUGUGAUGUUCAGUAUACUGCUUAGUUCUGCUGUGCAGUGUUAUUACCCAAAUCUUCUAUCUUCCACCCCUUUGAGAUCAGUUUACAUUAUUGCACCAAACUACCAAAAGAAGUCAGGAGCAACUCGAGGUGGAAAAGUCAUUGAUUUGAUUUACGUUGUGAUCAGUAAUGGUUUCCUUAUUUGGUUCACUAAUCCUAGGGUAGAUUGUACUUAAUAUUACUGAACAGUAUGGAAAAUCAAUGCCACCAGAGCUGUGGAUUAACCCUAAAGCAAGUUGUGAUAAACUGGAAUGUUUGCAAAGUCAAAUUGUAGAAAAACUAUCCAGGAUUCAAAAUUCUCUUAACAAUUGUCUUGUAAUGAAAGUAUUUAUUUAUAAUACAAACAUAACUUUUUUUUAGACCACUCAUUUUGAAAUGUUUUUUUUCGUAAAUGUUUGGAGAAGACAUUCGCAAAAACUAAGUUGUAACUUGCGGUUUAAUGCAUCUCUGUUAAAAUUAGUAUGAAAGUAACCUGGGAUAAGCUAUAAUUCGUGACACAAUCAAACCAUUUACAUUGCUUCCUCCCACACAUCCCCCUCCCCCCACCCCACCACCUAUUGUGUUUACUUCGGGGUGGUUUUGGUGAAUGCAAAAAUCACUGUCACCCUCACCAAGUCCUUGCCUGAAACAGUUUGUUUUGAAACUCUCAGUCCUAUAAGUGAAAUAUUGACCUAUUUUAAUUUAUAAAAUUUGUUUUGGUAUUAUGUAAGAUGCUUGCAGUUAUGAUGUCUUGAAUUCCGAACACAGACUUUAUAGGUUGGGUGGCACCGACUUCCUUUAAAUAUAUUACAACUGUGCUAUUUUAUUUGCUUAUUGUGUACAGAAUAUUUUUAAGGAUGCUUCAUGUUGUAAGCAUUUGGCUUGAAUAUUACCAUGUACAUUCAUCAUGUGCUUCAGGUCUUGACGAUUGUCCAUGUUUUCUAUUGCACCCUGUUGAUUUCAUGAGUCAAGUGACAAGAUUUUACCCUAACGAAUGAAUCAUUUUUUUUUAACCUUUUAUCACUACCCUUGGCACUUUUCGGUACAACUGAAACUGAUUACUUGCACAAAAAUUCAGGUGAAUUUACGAUCAUUCACUCAUCAUGCUACAAGAAGUUACAAAGUCAUUUGUAAUGUAGCCAUUGGGUUUCUUGUUAAAAGCAAAUUUACAAAACUAACAGCAUUCUUGCCUCCAUCCUUUUUUAAAAUCGAUACUGUAUGCAUUUAUUCCCACUGUUACUAAUGGAGUAUUUUACCAAAGUAUUAAACGCUCAACUACGUAUGCUAUGAUAGAUUUUGCUGGCAAAAUUACAGGAAAUAAAAGCAUUAGAGAAUAAUCUUGCGGAAGAAAUUCAUCCUACUUAUUAAAUUGUUACUCUUAUGCGCAUUUGUCAACCUUGUCACAUGACUUUCACCUAACUCAAUCUGUAACCUUUGUUUACUAGUUUAAAGAACACAAAUAAUAUUCUCAGUGGAAAUAUGGCCUUUUUGAGUGUUUUCAUCAAUUGUCACACCAGAUGUUAAUUUCUAUCCAUAUACAGAAUGAAGGGCUUUCUGAUUUAAGUUUUCAGACCAUUGCCUCAAGGUGUGUGUGCCAUUGAGAUUUCUCUAGUUAAAAUGUAGUAGCUUUACAUAAGGCUGGUUUGGAAAUAAUUUUGCUGGUGCCUCAAAUGCUAACUGAUUUCUUGUGAUGUAUUAUCACUUGCUAAUAAAGGCAUUUCCAGAAAUA